UCGUUCAUCGCUAAAACCCUGGGCGUCUGCUCUACACCAAUCCAAUAUUUCUCUAAUUUUGUCCGGAGAAAGGAAUUUCCCGGGCGAAAAAUCGUCGUUUAAAUCUCAACCCUAAUUUCUCCGUUCCAAAUUAGGGUUUAACAUCAGUAUCAUCAAUCAUUUCAAUUUUGUAGCAAUAUGUUAUGAGUAUGGCUAGCUGCUUUCGAGUUUCACAUUCAUACCUGAACUCCUUAUGGAGGAGUUGUUGCCAUCGCCCCGGAGGAGAAAGGCUGUUAAUACCGCAGCUGAUGAGUGGGUUCAGUCCUUGCUUCUCCAUCUCAUCAUCAUCAUCUCGAAAGGGUUACUGUAAAUUAUCUGAUGGUUUAAAGACUGAAUUACCUAGACUUGUUACUCAUGCGGCUACAUUACAUGGUAAUUUAGUGGGCAGUGCUGAAAUUGAACGAGUAGUGAGUGGAGGAAACUUUGUGAAUUUGGAUAAUAGGGAUGAAGUAAAGGGUGGUACAGUUAGUGGUUCGAAUGGUCGAGUGAUGCUCAUUGAUGGAACUUCGAUUAUAUACAGAGCGUAUUACAAGCUUUUAGCGAGAUUGGAGCGGGACAACUUACCAAAUGCUGAUGGCAAUGGAGAUUGGGUUAAUACAAUAUUUCAGCUUUGUCUCUUAUUCUUAAUGUGCUCGAAUUGGUCCCGUCACAUGUAGCGGUGGUGUUUGAUCAUGAUGGUGAGAUACAUACGUCGGAAUUCCUUUUGGCCAUACUUCUGUUCCGUCUAGAGAAAAUUAUAAUGGAAAAGGUAUGAACUUUCGCCACACUUUGUAUCCAGCAUACAAGGCCCACCGUAGUCCUACACCUGAUACAGUAAUUCAGGGACUUCAAUUCUUGAAAGCAUCAAUCAAAGCCAUGUCGAUCCAAGUAAUUGAGGUACCGGGUGUUGAAGCUGAUGAUGUAAUAGGAACUUUGGCUGUCAAUAGUGUUGCCAAUGGAUUCAAGGUACGGAUUGUCUCUCCUGACAAAGAUUUCUUUCAGAUUAUAUCACCUGCAUUACGGCUUCUGCGAAUUGCUUCACGUGGAUCAGAGAUGGUCUCUUUCGGAGUUGAGGAAUUCUCAAAAAGAUAUGGAGAUUUGAAACCGUCUCAGUUUGUUGACAUGCUCUCUUUGACGGGUGACAAAAGUGAUAAUAUUCCAGGAGUUCAAGGUAUUGGAGAGGUACAUGCUUUGAGGUUAAUUAUUAAAUUUGGUACUUUGGAGAACUUGCUAGAAUGUGUUGAUCAAGUAGCAGAGGAACGCAUUAAAAAGGCCUUGAGAUUAAAUGCUGAUAAAGCUAUGUUGAGCAAGAAUCUGGUGACGUUGCGUGCAGACCUUCCAUCCUAUAUGGUUCCUUACACAACAAGUGAUCUCCUGUUCAAGAAACCCACGGACGAUGGUGAGAAAUUCAGGAACCUCUUGAGAGCUAUAAGUGCAUAUGCUGAAGGACAUUCUGCUGAUUACCUGAUCAGAAGAUCGGAUUUUCUAUGGAAAAAGCUUUAGAUAGCUGCCUUUUUGACAAAGAGUACUCUGUAAAACUGAGAUUUUGACAGAAGCUGCUUUCAGCAUCAUGCAAGCUCUUCUUCUGUAAUAUAACUUGUGCAUAUCUAGGCUGGUUUUAAUACAAGAACUAAGAGGUGGCGAGUGGCUUCAUUCAUUCAUUAAUACAGGCACCAUUUUAUUUCAGAAGAAUAUGCUUGCUGCUGGCACUUUUCUGCCAACAUCUGGCAACAUCUUAAUUUUAGUUUCUAAAAUCCUCUGGAGUUCCUGCUCAGCUUGACUUGGCUGUCCUCUUUCUCCAGCUUUCAGUUUGCUUCUUCUUUUAGUUUCUGAAGAGCUUGAAUUAGAUUCUGUAAGCAAGUUUCAGAGUUUUCGCCCCCACUUAUAGUUUUUGGGAUCGAGCACUCGACAACAUCUUCAAAAGUUAUUUGCGUUUCAUCGAGCUAAGACUGAAUGGUCUCAAACAAAUAGGGUGAAUCAAGGUUCAAGUAGUUUUUGGCUAAUGUCUUGAACAACAGUCAGACAAUUCAAUGUGUGUCCAUCCGACCUGUUCUAAUGAG